UGGCGCACGAAAAGGCGUUACCGAAAAACAUCAUGAUCCAUCACUACUAUUUAUCUUUUAUAUUUAUAUAUUUAAGUCUAACAUCGCUUUGCUGUCAACAAUUAUUAAAACCUAAGGAUGAGGAACAGAAAAUUCCGGACAGCCUUGUACCUUUAGUGCGGCAUUUAACGACCAAAUCAAUGAACAAUGCCUGGAUCAAAUUGCAGGAGGAAUUUGAGAGCUACAUCCAAAAUUUAACCACUAGGAGGGAUGAGCUUUUGAAUAAAACCGAGGAGUUAUCGCAGCUCUACGAAAACCAUCUUGCAGGAACAGGUCAUGUACCCCGAUGUCCGGUCACGGGUCAACAGACUUUUUUCCUGUAUGAAAACUUUUGCUACCUGUUCGAGUCUAUGCCUGUCUCUUGGAACAGGGCAAAGUUAAACUGUAUCCAGAUAGGAGCAUACCUUGCUAGACCCGAUACGUCAAGCAAAGACACAUUUCUGGAAACGCACCCUCAGAGAAAAGACACGGCUUACUGGGUAGGCGCAACAGAUAUGGACGUAGAAGGCACCUGGAGAUGGACAGACAAUGACGAGGAUGUUAAUUUCUCAAACUGGGGUGCCAAUCAGCCAAACAAUUGGGGGAGUGGCCAGGACUGUCUGUCUAUCGGAUAUGAAACAGGAGGAGAUCGAGUAUGGAAUGAUGAUGACUGUAAUAUGUAUAAGCCGUAUAUUUGCGAAAAAGCAGUUGUAGUUUUCCGGAUAAUGGAGUAACAUUCAAACAUUGGAUAUUCGUACAUUGGAUGUUCUGGACAUUUCCCAAACUGGACAUUCGUACACCGAAUAUUUCUACACUGGACGUAUAUACAUUGGACAUAUGUACGUUAGACAACGAUAUCGCAUAUUGUGGUUCUUUAAAGAAACGUGUUUAGAAAUAGAAACAGACAGACAGACAGGUUCGUUGGUUAAGCAACAUGCUACCUAUUCGUUGACACUGUUGUUAGCUUCUGUUUGCUAAAAGAGGCGCGUCUUAGUGGCCUAACAUACAGCUAACUGAUUGUGUAUUAUAAAACGGUACGUGAUAAAUGGGUCUUCUACAAUCUCAGUUUUGAAGGAUCUACUUGAUAUGGUUCGACUCUUUCUGUGCUUUUCAUUCUUACUCUAUAGGUAUCUCCUCGACACCCGUCCUCAUAUGACCCUGGAUAUGUGAGGACAUUUAACCCAUAAAAAUAAAGCCUUUUGCUUAACCAAGUAGUGAAUUAGACAUUAUAGAAGACAAACAAAAAUAGUUUUUGUCAAACGCAGGAAGUACACCACAUCAAGUAUUUCUUUUGAUUUUUUUUCGGAAAAACCGGUAAAAACACGAUUUUCAAAACUUUUUAUACAUUUUUAUACAUUAAGAAUAUAUUAAACAAAGAAUACCGACAUAAUAGCGAAAUCAUAAUUCCAAUACGAGGGCAAAAUAUUGACAAAAAAAUUCUUACAAGGUUUGUGUUUUUUUUAUUCGGACUGUUGUGUAUGAUUGGACGUACGGCAGGACACAAAGAGUUCGAAUCAGUUUGUAAUUACGUCUUACAUUAUCUCUUCAAAUAUUUUUAAAUCACAAUAUCAACAGGUUUGCAAAUUAAUAGGAUAAUUAAGUCCACAUGUACUGGUAUUCCAAUGAAUACAAUGUAUGUAAUUGGCGAUCCCGUUUUGUUAAUUAAGCAAGUCUAAUGAUGGAGACUACAGCGCUACAUGGUGCCACUCAAAGAAACUUUAUUUAAA